AUGGAUUCCUCAAGAUAUUGGCCACCUCCUAACGGGGUUAGAUCUAGACGAGCCUUGGAAAAUGGCGAUUUUACAGCACGAAACCCAGAAACAGGGCCUUAUGGUAGUUCUUUGAAAUGUUUGCCUCGUGAGCGCAGUAAUUAUAUGCGCUGGUGGAGACAAGCUACGCUACAUAUGGAGCAACUACUCUGGGGUGAUCACUCGGAACGCCAGUCAGCAAAAGAGAGGAUCGACCAGGUCAAUGAAGAGAUACGCGCUUUCAAUAUCACAUGUAACCGCAAUGAGGAAUGUGGGACAAUAGAUGGUAUUGAUUGGAUCAGAGCCGGAAGGCAACUCGACCUAGCAGUGCGUGACAAGUGCUUCUACAACUCAACUGCUCGAUUUGAAGAUGUCCGUGAUUUUAUCUGGGAACGCAUACAGAACCGAACGUACCCAGAAGCUUGGGAAGUCACUUGGUACAAAUUCGAGGACAAGAUCAGAAAGCGCAGCUCAAAUUUCGAGAACAUUCGAAACGGAAAUGAUCUGGACAUCCAGGAUGGUGCCUACAGAUUCUAUGAGAACCCGAUGACCUCCUCACCGUCAGUUAACACACCUUCUUCGUCAAUUCCACGUCGUCGUUCUGCGAGGCAUCAGAAUCGACAUGGACCUCUGUCUGUCCAAGGAGGAGGUAUCUCGAGACGGGGAGGUGCCGAACUUCGACUAUCACAUCGACGACAUAGACUUCGCUUAGAGGAGCUUGAAACGCAACUCGCCUCGCCUGGGUGGAAGAAGAUGGAAACUCUAAGAUGA